AUGUUAAACACGGUUGGGUUCUGUAUUGAGCGGAAGCCGAGUUCCUUGCCGUUCGCUGGAACCGGAGUCUUUGUUACCAGGGGCUUUGUGCCUAAAGGAACUACAGUGGCCAUGUACCCAGGUAAUUCUCACCAAUGAUGAUGACUAAGGCCGGGAUUCAGUCUGAUCGCGCCUGUCCACAAUGCACCAUUUAAAGGCAAUUUCCAAUUGAGCCCACAUAUGCUAUGUGUUUUUCUCAUAUUUCCCCCCCUUUCAGGGGUAUAACAUUACAUUGUUACUAUUAUUGAGAGGGGUUUCAAAUACAUGAUCCAAAUAUGUGUGAGUGUGAACUUAGAAGCAUUCUCACUCAGUCUGUCAGUCUUAUACUGUAUGAGCAACAUAGUGGCUAAUUGUAGGGGAGAGUGGGGUAAGUUGAGCUGUUUUUUACAUUCAGCAUCACUCUGUCAAGGGAAAUACAGCAUUCUUUCUAACAAAGAUAUCUACAUAUAGUUCAAGAUGUUGUGUAUCCCUGGAAAUAAUCAGAAUUCAUGUAAACAUUACAGUUUUGAAAACAUAGAUUGUCAGAAAAAAAGUGGUCUCUUGGCACAACUUACCCCAGAUAUGGGGUAAGUUGAGCCACCGGACAGGCCUACAAAUUUCUGUACUGAAUGAAAUAUUACCGCAACCUUUUUAAAACGCAAUCACAAUCGCUUUUUUGUCUUUUAUUCAUUUUAAGCAUCUUUUAACACAGACUUAACGCCUAACAAACACUUUGUACUUUUAUCGCUGGGAUAUGAACUUGAUUACCACUUUUUCCAUGUGGUUUCUUCUUUCACAGACUCCAUGAAAUGAUGACCUCUUUCUUAAUAUUUGAUCAAAUUAUAAAUUUUGUGAAUGGUUUCCUAGAAACAAGGGUGGGUCAACUUACCCCACUCUCCCCUAUAGCUAGCAGGUUAUGUGUUGGUAGAUCGACUGAGGUGAAUGAAGCUACAGAAGCCAAGGUGAUAAUGGUUGGCGUCAUUUUUGCUUGAUUUAGCUGUUCUCCAAAUAGCAGUUUUUCAAUUGCAUAGAAAUUCAGUAAAUGAGCUUCAACUUUCAAAAAUGUAUUGGAAUACGUGGUCCUCUGUAGCUCAAUUGGUAGAGCAUGGCGCUUGUAAUGCCAGGGUAGUGGGUUCGAUCCCCGGGACCACCCAUACGUAAAAAUGGAUGCACACAUGACUGUAAGUCGCUUUGGAUAAAAGCGUCUGCUAAAUGGCAUAUUAUUAAUACCAUUUUGAAGUUCAGCUUUCCCCAGCUUAGGUCCCGCCCUGUUCAUGCUCCCUCACCCAUGCUUGCCUCGCCUAACGGUCCCCCACCACCUCGCUUGUCUUCCAUUGAAAAUGCAUGGCUUCCGUUGUUUCAUCAUCUCCAGUGGAAAUCCACUGUUACCAUGAAUGUGAUCUCUGUGAACACGGGAAUAUUGCCUUUAAAAGCUGCAUUGUCGACAGCCCGCGAUCGUAUUGAAUUCCGGUGUGGUGAUACUGAUGGUUUGUAAGGACUGAUGGUUUGUUGACAAUUGUAGCAUUUUAGCUAAGCCAAACCAGCUACGGACAGAAGUGACAUUACGUAGCAGGUUAUGAGAAUUAACGCAACAGGUUAGGAAAAUAAGGUUAGGAAAAGGGUUAUGGCGCAUGCACGUACCGAUAGGACGCAUGGAGAGAUAGUAGCGCCGUUUUGUACCGUCAAAACUGUGAUUAUAUGUAGAAGCCAGACAACAUAGUUUAAAUUAAGCCUUAAAAAUCGAUAGAUCAAUAUAUCCCCAAGCAACCAGGAGUGAGCGGUCAGUUAUACACAACAGCGAACCAAUCUAUGAGUAAAGCGACUCUGAGACUCGAACCCAACAAGCCAUGGCUUCCCUUAGAGGAGAAGACAAAGAACGACUUGGAGAUGCAAAUGAGAGCAACGAACAGCUGAAGGAUAUCCAGGAAAACAUAGCUAAAAUGCUCUGAAAGCUCACCAAAACAAACAAACGUACAAUCUGUUGUUAAAAAAGUUGAUUUGCUCGAAAGGAAAGUAGUCUUGUGUCAGAUAUGCAUAUACAGGGCGGGCCUGUGGACGAACAAGACAACAAAAUUGGCCUUCUGGAAACAAAGGUGCAAACUUUAAAAGAUUAACUGAAUCAGCUAGAAAACAGAUUGAGACAAAAUAAUAUGAGAAUAUUGUCCCUACUGGAAGAUGAGAAAAAAGGGGACCGAUCAAGCUGAUAUCGGAGGAGCUUGGCGUGGAUGUAUCACCGGAGCAUCUAGAGCGAUGCCAUCGGAUCAGAAUGAAGCAAAAUAACCCUAAAUACCCUUGCAUGGAAAUCUGUAAGCUGUGGAACUAUCAGACCAAAGUCAACAUUCUGAGGGCACAGGAGGGAAAGGAGAUCAAGGUCCAGCGCCAGUCCAUUCGAUUUGUCCAGAACCUGUCUGCUAGGCUGAGGAAUAAACGCAAGCAAUUAAUUCCGAUCAGACAGUCACUGGAGGAAAAAAGGAAUCAAGUCUCAACUCCGAUUCCCAGCAGUACUGUGGGUAUGGAAGGGAACACAGAGAAUGGAGUUCACAUGCACCGAUGAAGCCCUGAGCAGGCUGCAUGAAACCUUUCCAGUUGAAAGAGAGCCCAGUGUCCUGAGGAGAGGCAGAAGCGGAAAAAACGUAAGCACAGUAGGCUACAUACAGUGAUGCUCAAGAACAGCUUAUCGUAAAUUUAGACAAUAUUCCUUCCUCCUCCCCCCAAUACAAUCUAGUCUCUAUUGUCUAACUGUUGGAGAGGCCUAUGCUGCAACUUACUGUAGUAACAGCAGAAGUGUAGGCAUCCUUAUAAAUAAGAAUACACCAUUCUUCCUUAUAUCCCAGCACAUGGACCAAGAAGGCAGUUUUCUAAUGUUGAAUUGUACCUUACAUGGUGAAAAAUACACAUUGAUUUUAUUGUAUAUCUCACAAGGGGCAAAUCUGGUGUUUUUAGAAUUCAAGCUAUAUUAGAUCAAAUCCAGACAGGAACUAUUAUUUUAGCAGGUGACCUAAAUUAUACAUUCAAUAAGAUUGAUAGAUGUAGUAAUGAAAAAGGCACAUUUAGGGAGCCUCCAAAGAGGCUGAAAAUGUUCAUCUCUACAAAUGAUUUACAGGACACCUGGAGAUUAUUGUUUCCAAUUACAAAAUACUAAUAAUUUCUUUCUCAAAGUAAGAAAAGCUAUUCAAGAAUUGACUACAUUUUUAUUUGUUUUACUACAUUGGAUUCAAAAAUGUAUGAUAUAGUAAUAUCGGAUCAUUCUCUGGUAUCAUGUUUAAUUACACCAAUAGAAAAUAUACUUUGCAACAGUUAGGAGAAUGAACAGAGCGCAUCUUCUGGACCCAAAAUGUAUUAAAUACGUAAACGAAAAAAUGUAAACCUUUUACCAUUACAAAUGAGGACAGAGGACAGAGAAAAACCAACCCCUGAUAUAAUUUGGGAUGCCUUUAAGGUGUACAUUAGGGGUAUGAUGAUCUCAAGGCUUUUACUUGUGACAUAUAGUUAAAUGCAAUAAAGAGGAACAAUGGUUACAUAUUUAAGAUGUGCAUGCUCAUCCCCAGAAUCUUUUUACGUGUCUAUUUUCAAAGGAUAAAGCUACAAUGUGUAGGAAAAUGAAACGUAUUCUACAAGAAUAUCAAUAUCACUCCCUAAAAACACAACCUUAUGCAACAAUCCUUGGAUAGCUUUUCAGAAUUCACUGAUAAAUUGGUCCACAUGGAAAACUAAAUGCAUAGAAACCGUAAAUGACUUGGUAACAGGAAAUACAUUGAUUUCCAUUACAGAAUAAAAAAAGUAAUUUUGGGCUGACCAAAAUAAUAUUAACUAUUGGAACCAAGACUUAAAAAUAACUGGUGUUGGCACAAGAUGGAGGGAAAGUUGGAGCAUAAAUAACGAAAUUACAGUUAACUAAAAUGUACACUUAAUCCAGUAUAAAUGUAUUAUACAAGACUCAGAAUUCACAAAUUCUACAGCCCAACGGCAGAGUCAUGUCUUAAGUGUAAAACUAAUAAUGACUCAAUAAACCAUGCUUUCUGUGAAUGCUAUAAAGUCCAGAAGAUGUGGACGGAGCUAGAAAGUUGGCUGUCUGAAGUAUUACAAUGUAAACUGCAUAUUUCAAGACAUGGCAUAUGUCCCAAUGGGCUGGACAAUUCUCUUAUCACUCAUUCUGAAAAAACGUAUACUAAAAACGUGGAAAUCACAAUGGAACACAAUGGAAAAAUCAAAUGAUUUAUUCUUGAAAUAGCAUGGGCGACCGAGAAGAACAAAUUGGCACAAUUUAAGGCCAAGUGGCAAACAAUAAUGCAGGCACUAGGGAUGGGGGUGUGAGCAUGUGGGUCUGGGCAGAUGAGAUGUAGUCAUUGUUUGUGUGUCUGUAAGUUGUUCGUAUGUAUACGUUUUGUAUCUGGAGUUAAUUAUUUAUAUUUUUUUAUAUAUAUAAAAAUACAUAUAAGGACAAGGGUUAGGCUUAGCUAAAAUGAUGCAGUUGUCAACAACUGUUAUCCCCAACACGACGACUAGAUGGAGCUGUACUGAUGGCCACAACCGUACAAACCAUCAGUCCCGACAAACCAUCAUUUAUCAUAACACCGACCUAAGAAGAGGGAUACGUAUUUAUACUCAUGUACUCAAAAAAAUAAAGGGAACACUAAAAUAACACAUCCUAGAUCUGAAUGAAUGAAAUAAUCUUAUUAAAUACUUUUUUCUUUACAUAGUUGAAUGUGCUGACAACAAAAUCACACAAAAAUUAUCAAUGGAAAUCAAAUUUAUCAACCCAUGGAGGUCUGGAUUUGGAGUCACCCUCAAAAUUAAAGUGGAAAACCACACUACAGGCUAAUCCAACUUUGAUGUAAUGUCCUUAAAACAAGUCAAAAUGAGGCUCAGUAGUGUGUGUGGCCUCCACGUGCCUGUAUGACCUCCCUACAACACCUGGGCAUGCUCCUGAUGAGGUGGCGGAUGGUCUCCUGAGGGAUCUCCUCCCAGACCUGGACUAAAGCAUCUGCCAACUCCUGGACAGUCUGUGGUGCAACGUGGCGUUGGUGGAUGGAGCGAGACAUGAUGUCCCAGAUGUGCUCAAUUGGUUUCAGGUCUGGGGAACGGGCGGGCCAGUCCAUAGCAUCAAUGCCUUCCUCUUGCAGGAACUGCUGACACACUCCAGCCACAUGAGGUCUAGCAUUGUCUUGCAUUAGGAGGAACCCAGGGCCAACCGCACCAGCAUAUGGUUUCACAAGGGGUCUGAGGAUCUCAUCUCGGUACCUAAUGGCAGUCAGGCUUGGUGUUCUCUGGCAAAUGCCAAACGUCCUGCACGGUGUUGGGCUGUAAGCACAACCCCCACCUGUGGACGUCGGGCCCUCAUACCACCCUCAUGGAGUCUGUUUCUGACCAUUUGAGCAGACACAUGCACAUUUGUGGCCUGCUGGAGGUCAUUUUGCAGGGCUCUGGCAGUGCUCCUCCUGCUCCUCCUUGCAAAAAGGCGGAGGUAGCAGUCCUGCUGCUGGGUUGUUGCCCUCCUACGGCCUCCUCCACGUCUCCUGAUGUACUGGCCUGUCUCCUGGUAGCGCCUCCAUGCUCUGGACACUACGCUGACAGACACAGCAAACCUUCUUGCCACAGCUCGCAUUGAUGUGCCAUCCUGGAUGAGCUGCACUACCUGAGCCACUUGUGUGGGUUGUAGACUCCGUCUCAUGCUACCACUAGAGUGAAAGCACCGCCAGCACUCAAAAGUGACCAAAACAUCAGCCAGGAAGCAUAGGAACUGAGAAGUGGUCUGUGGUCACCACCUGCAAAGCCAGUCCUUUAUUGGGGUUGUCUUGCUAAUUGCCUAUAAUUUCCACCUGUUGUCUAUUCCAUUUGCACAACAGCAUGUGAAAUGUAUUGUCAAUCAGUGUUGCUUCCUAAGUGGACAGUUUGAUUUCACAGAAGUGUGAUUGACUUGGAGUUACAUUGUGUUGUUUAAGUGUUCCCUUUAUUUUUUUGAGCAGUGUAUAAGCAAGACCAUAGAUUAAAAAGUACCCCUUUUAAGACAUAGCAUACAGUGCCUUAGGAAAGUAUUCAGACCCCUUUACUUUUUCCACAUUUUGUUACGUUACAGCUUUAUUCCAAAAUUGAUUCAAUUGUUUUUUCCCCUCAUCAAUGUACACACAGUACUCCAUAAUGACAAAGCAAAAACUGUUUUUUAGAAAUGUUUGCUAAUUUAUUUUAAAAAACGGAAAAAUGACAUUUACAUAAGUAUUCAGACCCUUUACUUAGUACUUUGUUGAAGCACCUUUGGCAGCGAGUACAGCAUCGAGUCUUCUUGGGUAUGACGCUACAAACUUGGCACACCUGUAUUAGUGGAGUUUCUCCCAUUAUUGUCUGCAGAUCCUCUCAAGCUCUGUCAGGUUGGAUGGGGAGUGUUGCUGCACAGCUAUCAAUUUUCAGGUCUCUCCAGAGAUGUUAGAUCGUGUUCAAGUCCGGGCUCUGGCUGGGCCACUCAAGGACUUUCAGAGACUUGUCCCGAAGCCACUCCUGCGUUGUCUUGGCUGUGCUUAGGGUCGUUGUCCUGUUGGAAGGUGAACCGUCGCCCAAGUUUGAUGUCCUGAGCGCUCUGGAGCAGGUUUUCAUCAAGUAUCUCUCUAUACUUUGCUCCGUUCAUCUUUCCCUCGAUCCUGACUAGUCUCCCAGUCCCUGCCGCUGAAAAACAUCCCCGCAUGAUGCUGCCACCACCAUGCUUUACCAUAGGGAUGGUGCCAGAUUUCCUCCAGACGUGACGCUUGGCAUUCAGCCCAAAGAGUUGAAUAUUGGUUUCAUCAGACCAGAGAAUCUUGUUUCUCAUGGUCUGAGAGUCUUUAGAUGCCUUUUGGCAAACUCCAAGCGGGCUGUCAUGUGUAUUUUAAUGAGGAGUGGCUUCCGUCUGGCCACUCUACCAUAAAGGCCUGAUUGGUGGAGUGCUGCAGAGAUAUGUGUCCUUCUGGAAGUUUCUCCCAUCUCCACAGAGGAACUCUAGAGCUCUGUCAGAGUGACCGCUGGGUUCUUGGUCACCUCCCUGACCAAGGCCCUUCUACCCCGAUUGCUCAGUUUGGCACAGCGGCCAGCUCUAGAAAGAGACUUGGUGGUUCCAAACUUCUUCCAUUUAAGAAUAAUGGAGGCCACCGUGUUCUUGGGGACUUUCAAUGCUGCAGAAUUUUUUUGGUACCCUUCCCUAGAUCUGUGCCUCGACACAAUCCUGUCUCGGAACUCUACGGACAAUUCCUUCGACCUCAUGGCUUGGUUUUUGCACUGUCAACUGUGGGACCUUAUAUAGACAGGUGUGUGGCUUUCCAAAUCAUGUCCAAUCAAUUGAAUUUACCACAGGUGGACUCCAAUCAAGUUGUAGAAACAUCUCAAGGAUGAUCAAUGGAAAUAGGAUGCACCAGAGCUCAAUUCCGAGUCUCAUAGCAAAGGUUCUGAAUACUUAUGUAAAUAAGGUAUGUUUUUUAUUUGUAAUAAAUUUGCACACAAAAAACUGUUUUCGCUUUGUCAUUAUGGGGUAUUGUGUGAGUUAAAUUUUUUAUUUAAUCCAUUUUAGAAAAAGGCUGUAACGUAACAAAAUGUGGAAAAAGUCAAGGGGUCUGAAUACUUUCCGAAGGCACUGUAGUUAUUUUGAAAGUUAUGUUUUUUUAAAGUAAUUAAGUAAAUGCAUAUCACUCGGACAAGUGUUGUGAUUUACCUUGUGUGAAUGAAUGACUCAUUUCUGUGUUAUCCACGCAGGUACCAUCUAUCAGGCAUAUGAGCCCAUUCUCUUCCAGUCCAUUGGAAACCCUUUUGUAUUCAGAUGCAUAGAUCAUGUUUUGAUUGACGGAAAUGACAAAGGCAUCUCUAAAAUAGUGUACAGGUGAGAAUGUGGCAUAGAAAAAUGGGUAACACUUUACUUGAAACCCAGUGUCAUAACACGUUUUGACACGGUCAUAACCAUUGCAUAAUGUCAUAACAGGUGACAUAACUUGUCAUAACCUGUCAUAAAAUGAUCAGAACACUGUCAUGAACAUAUAUUGCAUUAUUUUAUGGCUGGUUAUGACACCUACAUAGGUGUCAAAACCCACAUUUAUUCAAAUGAGUUUUUUCCCUGCCAAGAAUUUUCCUUUCGUUUUCAAGUUUGUUUCUUAAAUCCUUAAUUUAAUUAUUUACAGUCAUGUUUUUUUUCUCCAUCAUAUUUACCAUUUUUAUUUUAAAUUGUAGAAAAUACACUUUGACACUGUCAAUAAGCAUUAUGACCAUUAUAAUCAUAUAAGCCAGAUAGGCCUAUCACAUACAUGCCCUUAUAUCAGUCAUCAGUCAAAAAGAGGGUGUCUUGUCCUGCUCCUGAAAUCUGCUUCUGCAUUCAUCCCAGUCAUCAGCAACAGAGCAUUGCAAUGUGUGCGCGAUUACAAUUAUCAUUUCAUAUGGUCAAUAAAAAUAGAAAAAUCUAUAACAAACAUACUGUUGACAUGUAGGAUAUGGUGUAAUGGAAUGUUUUGCUUUGUGUGGUAGGUUUUGUGGGUUUUUAAGUACCAGCAAUAAAAUAACGCAAUAUGUCACAACAGGCCUAAAUAUGUCAUGAAAGUGUUUGUAUUUGUAUUGAUUAUGGAUCCCCAUUAGCUGCUGCCAAGGCAGCAGCUACUCUUCCUGGGGUACAGCAAAAUUAAGGCAGUUCAUACAAUGUUAUGACCAUAUUAUAACAGGCUAUGUCAACUAUUAUGACAUAUCAAAAAAUAUAUAUAUAUAUAUAUAUAUUUAACCUUUAUUUAACUAAGCAAGUCAACAAAUUCUUAUUUACAAUGGCGGCCUACCAAAAGGCAAAAGGCCUCCUGCGGGGACGGGGGCUGGGAUUAAAAAUAUAGGACAAAACACAUCACAAGAGGGACACCACAACACAACAUAAAGAGAGACCUAAGAUAACAACAUAGCAUGGCAGCAACACAUGACAACACAGCAUGGUAGCAAUACCACAUGACAACAACAUGGUAGCAACACAACAUGGUAUAAAUAUUAUUGGGAAAAGACAACAGCACAAAGGCAAGAAGGUAGAGACAACAAUACAUAACGCAAAGCAGCCACAACUGUCAGUAAGCGUGGCCAUGAAUGACUCUUUGAAUGAAGAGAUGGAGAUAAAACUGUCCAGUUUGAGUGUUUUUUGCAGCUCGUUCCAGUCGCUAGCUGCAGUGAACUGAAAAGAGGAGCGACCCAGGGAUGUGUGUGCUUUGGGGACCUUUAACAGAAUGUGACUGGCAUAACGGGUGUUGUAUGUGGAGGAUGAGGGCUGCAGUAGGUAUCUCAGAUAGGGGGAGAGUGAGGCCUAAGAGGGUUUUUAUAAAUAAGCAUCAACCAGUGAGUCUUGCAACGGGUAUACAGAGAUAACCAGUUUACAGAGGAGUAUAGAGUGCAGUGAUGUGUCCUAUAAGGAGCAUUGGUGGCAAAUCUGAUGGCCGAAUGGUAAAGAACAUCUAGUCACUCGAAAGCACCCUUACCUGUUGAUCUAUAAAUUGCGUCUCCGUAAUCUAGCAUGGGUAGGAUGGUCAGUUUGGCAGCUUGGGUGAAAGAGGAGCGAUUACGGUAGAGGAAACCAAGUCUAUAUUUAACCUUAGCCUGCAGCUUUGAUAUGUGCUGAGAGAAGGACAGUGUACCGUCUAGCCAUACUCCCAAGUACUUGUAUGAGGUGACUACCUCAAGCUCUAAACCCUCAGAGGUAGUAAUCACACCAGUGGGGAGAGGGGAAUUCUUCUUACCAAACCACAUUACCUUUGUUUUGGAGGUGUUCAGAAGAAGGUUAAGGGCAGAGAAAGCUUAUUGGAUACUAAGAAAGCUUUGUUGUAGAGUGUUUAACACAAAAUCUGGGGGACAUAACAUUUGACAUGGUUAUGACAGUGUCAUAACGUGUUAUGAUGCUGGGUGUCAAUUAAAGUGUUACUGAAAAAUGUCCUAGGGCUUGAUGACUGUCCUAUGACAAUUUCUUUUCACAUGUUGAUGGACAGCAUUCAUAUUUAAAAGUAUUGAUGUUUUCCAGGUCGUGCAGUGGAAGAGACAGGAUUGGUCCUUUCAGGUUGAGUGACAUCACUUGGUUGACAGCCAAUACAGAAAACCCGCUAGCAGUGGGGCAAUAUGUGAACAACUGCUCAAACGGUACCGUCACAUCUCUGCUCACCCAAUUAGAUUAAAUAUUUCUCUACAAAUAUGCGUUUAUAUUCUAUAUCAUGAAGACGGUUUUACAUAAUUAUUGUCUGUCUGUAGUGUUGCGAAAUCUGUGACCACUGACUAUCUAAAUAUUCAUUUUCUUGUGUGGAAUUAUACUCGUCUUUCAGAGAGGGCUGCAAAUGUGUGCUAUCAGGAGUAUGAUGUGCCUGAAGCAUUUCCUCUAGAACUUCGCCAGUACCUUCCCAAUGUGAACUACAGACAUGACACACAAAGGCAAGAAUUUAAAGGAUGCUUGAAAUAAUGUUGGUCCCUACUUCCUACAGUAUUUGUGUUACUGUUGACUGCACCCAUUGCAAUCUCAAAAGUUAAUUCAUGAAUUCAGCAGCUGUGUGGAUUGAUUCACUCAUAAGUAAUUUAGAGCAAUUAACAGUAAGUCUAGGCCAGAGCUAUUAACAUGGAUAAGGCUCUGGUCUAGGCUAGUAGGGUGUUUCUCAACCUGUUUUAUACCAGGGAUACCAAACCUAGUGUUUCUGUUUGUUUUCAUAGCUAUAAAUGUAUUAAUACAAAUGUUAAUUACUUUCUGUUUUGGCUCCAUUUCCAAACAGCAGCUUUUACUGUUGACUAGUGAGUAGUCUUCUGAGCCAGACUGUCACGUUCGUUAGACGGAGUAGACCAAUGCGCAGCGUUAGUUGCAAACAUACUUGAACUUUAUUAUCUUUAGUGAUAAUAUAAACAACAAAGCAACAAACGAAACGUGCAGUCCUACGGUUUACACAACCAACACGGAAACAAACCAAACGGAAACAAGAUCCCACAAACACUAAGGGAAAAACAGACUGUUUAAAUAUGGUUCCCAAUCAGAGACAACCAGCAACAGCUGACACUCGUUGCCUCUGAUUGGGAACCAAUCUGGCCAACAUAGAAAUAUAACACAUAGAACUACAACACAGAACUAGAACACAUAGAAUCUACACACCCUGGCUCAACAUAUAGAGUCCCCAGAGCCAGGGUGUGACACAGACUCAGUCUUGCACUGGCUUAGUCUCGAUGUGGCAUGUGGUGACGCUUUCCAUUGCCUGUCCAGCAUAGCCACGCAUUAUUACAUAGAAAACCUAAACAUCCCUUGUCUGUCAAGAAUGUUGAAUCAAAUUAUAUAUGAACUUACUCUGCCAAUUGUCUGUGGGGUUGCUUCUUAUUCGGGUCGAAAUUUGAGACAAAAUAUCCACAGGAAAGUAUUAUUAAACCAACUUCAAAACGCAGGUCUCUGUGUGGCAAUCAAUAUUUUUUUGCUCAUCCCCUAAGGCAUGUGCACAAGACUGAAGUACAUGCACGGAAUGCAUACUAACCAAAGUCUUGCACGCGUUUACAUGGUUGUGCUUACAGUUGAAGUCGGAAGUUUACAUACACCUUGGCCAAAUAUUUAAACUCAGUUUUUCACAAUUCCUGACAUUUAAUCUGAGUAAAAAUUCCCUGUCUUAGGUCAGUUAGGAUCACCACUUUAUUUUAAGAAUGUGAAAUGUCAGAAUAAUAGUAGAGAGAAUGAUUUAUUUCAGCUUUUAUUUCUUUCAUCACAUUCCCAGUGGGUCAGACGUUUACAUACACUCAAUUAGUAUUUGGUAGCUUGCCUUUAAAUUGUUUAACUUGGGUCAAACGUUUCGGGUAGCCUUCCACAAGCUUCCCACAAUAAGUUGGGUGAAUUUUGGCCCAUUCCUCCUGACAGAGCUGGUGUAACUGAGUCAGGCACACGCUUUUUCAGUUCUGCACACAAAUGUUCUAUAGGAUUGAGGUCAGGGCUUUGUGAUGGCCACUCCAAUACCUUGACUUUGUUGUCCUUAAGCCAUUUUGCCACAACUUUGGAAGUAUGCUUGGGGUCAUUGUCCAUUUGGAAGACCCAUUUGCGACCAAGCUUUAACUUCCUGACUGAUGUCUUGAGAUGUUGCUUCAAUAUAUCCACAUAAUUUUCCUUCCUCAUGAUGCCAUCUAUUUUGUGAAGUGCACCAGUUCCUCCUGCAGCAAAGCACCUCCACAGCAUUAUGCUGCCACCACCGUGCUUCACGGUUGGGAUGGUGUUCUUCGGCUUGCAAGCAUCCCCCCUUUUUCCUCCAAACAUAACGAUGGUCAUUAUGUCCAAACAGUUCUAUUUUUGUUUCAUCAGACCAGAGGACAUUUCUCCAAAAAGUAGGAUCUUUGUCCCCAUGUGCGGUUGCAAACCGUAGUCUGGCUUUUUUAUGGUGGUUUUGGAGCAGUGGCUUCUUCCUUGCUGAGCGGCCUUUCAGGUUAUGUCGAUAUAGGACUCGUUUUACUGUGGAUAUAGAUGCUUUUGUACCUGUUUCCUCCAGCAUCUUCACAAGGUCCUUUGCUGUUGUUCUGGGAUUGAUUUGCACUUUUCGCACCAAAGUACGUUCAUCUCUACGAGACAGAACGCGUCUCCUUCCUGAGAGGUAUGACGGCUGCGUGGUCCCAUGGUAUUUAUACUUGCGUACUAUUGUUUGUACAGAUGAACGUGGUACCUUCAGGCGUUUGGAAAUUGCUCCCAAGCAUGAACUAGACUUGUGGAGGUCUACAAUUAUUUUUCUUAGGUCUUGGCUGAUUUCUUUUGAUUUUCCCAUGAUGUCAAGCAAAGAGGCACUGAGUUUGAAGGUAGGCCUUGAAAUACAUCCACAGGUACACCUCCAAUUGACUCAAAUUAUGUCAAUUAGCCUAUCAGAAGCUUCUAAAGCCAUGACAUCAUUUUCUGGAAUUGUCCAAGCUGUUUAAAGGCACAGUCAACAUAGUGUAUGUGAACUUCUGACCCACUGGAAUUGUAAUACAGUGAAUUAUAAGUGAAAUAAUCUGUCUAAACAAUUGUUGGAAAAAUUACUUGUGUCAUGCACAAAGUAGAUGCCCUAACCGACUUGCCAAAACUAUAGUUUGUUAACAAGAAAUUUGUGGAGUGGUUGAAAACGAGUUUUAAUGACUCCAGCCUAAGUGUAUGGAAACUUCCGACUUCAACUGUAUGUGCCAGGUGAUAGAAAUCUCAAAGGUGUGGCCUGUGUGUUCCAGCCGCUGACCCUAACCCACAGCCAGAGUCAGCAUGGGUUUGAAUCCGACCCACUGCUGUUUGACCCCCGUCUUUCCAACACUUUACUAUAUCUUUAAUGAAUCAAAACAAUUAUGUAAGGAGUGGGACCGCAAAGACACCAUUCAAAUGUCUGCAGUGAUUUCGUCCCUCAUUGACCAAGAGAAAAUGGUUGUGUUUCAAUUCUACAAAAUUAUUUAGUAUUCUUUCAUGUUGAGCUCUAAAUCUGGUUGAGAAUAUCACAGCGAGAUGAAACUACGAUUGCUGAAAUCGCUAGACUGUCCCCUUUAAUAUGCCAUCUCCCAGGCUGGCCUCCGUCACUCAGAGGGAGGGGAAAGCUGACAGAUGGGGCUUUCUAGCAUUAUAAGGCACUGAACCCUGCGACGUUCACAGAGCGCGUUGUACACAAAUGUCAGUUGGAACCUGUCCAGAACCGCUUCAAGUCCCUUAAAGAGAGGACUUAACAUCUAAGUGGUUAAAAACUAAUAAUAAUCUCAACGGCAGAUCUCAAAGUCAGAUAAAUAAUACUUUGAUAUUUUCUCUCAAAUUUCAAACCAAUAAGAAUCAACCCCAUGGACAAUCGGUAGAGUAAGUUCAAAUGUGAUUUGGGACGUUUUAGGUUUUCUUCUAUGUAAUAAUGCGUAGCUAUGCUGGACAGGCAAUGGAAAGCAUCGCUAUGGAGUCAAAUCCGAUUCAAAAGUUGAACGGCGCGAGAUGAAACCUCAUUGCGUGCGCAAACACUGAGUCAAGAGAGAAGAAAUGUGGUCGAGUGAGCAGAGGAUGGGUCCCGCGAGUCCACAGCCCAGUCGAGAGCACAAAUUAAACUUGAGGUCCCAUGAUCAGCGUGGCAGAUCUGUUGUUACCUACCCUUACCACGUGGGGGUGGCCCGUCAGGAAGUCCAGGAUCCAGUUGCAGAGGGAGCUGUUUAGUCCCAGGGUCCUUAGCUUAGUGAUGAGCUUUGAGGGCACUAUGGUGUUGAACGCUGAGCUGUAGUCAAUGAGUGCAGUGUGGAGUGCAAUAGAGAUUGCAUCAUCUGUGGAUCUGUUGGGGCGGUAUGCAAAUUGGAGUGGGUCUAGGGUUUCUGGGAUAAUGGUGUUGAUGUGAGCCAUGACCAGCCUUUCAAAGCACUUCAUGGCUACAGACGUAAGUGCUACAGGUCGGUAGUCAUUUAGGCAGGUUAUCUUAGUGUUCUUGGGCACAGGGACUAUGGUGGUCUGCUUGAAACAUGUUGGUAUUACAGACUCAGACAGGGACAUGUUGAAAAUGUCAGUGAAGACACUUGCCAGUUGGUCAGCACAUGCUCGUAGUACACGUCCUGGUAAUCCGUCUGAAUAUUGACCUGCUUAAAAGUCUUACUCACAUUGGCUACGGAGAGCGUGAUCACAUAUUCAUCGGGAACAGCUGAUGCUCUCAUGCAUGCUUCAGUGUUGCUUGCCUCGAAGCGAGCAUAGAAGUGAUUUAGCUCGUCUCGUAGGCUUGUGUCACUGGGCAGCUUGCGGCUGUACUUCCCUUUGUAGUCUAAUAGUUUGCAAGCCCUGAAACAUGCGACGAGCGUCAGAGCCGGUGUAGUAUGAUUCAAUCUUAGUCCUGUAUUGACUCUUUGCCUGUUUGAUGGUUCGUCGGAGGGCAUAGCAGGAUUUCUUAUAAGCCUCAGGGUUAGAGUCCCGCUCGUUGAAAGCGGCAGCUCUACCCUUUAGCUCAGUGCGGAUAUUGCCUAUAAUCCAUGGCUUCUGGUUGUCACUGUGGGGACGACGUCAUCGAUGCACUUAUUGAUGAAGCCAGUGACUGAUGUGGUGUACUCCUCAAUGCUAUCGGAGGAAUCCCAGAACAUAUUCCAGUCUGUGCUAGAAAAACUGUCCUGUAGCUUAGCAUCUGCGUCAUCUGACCACUUCCUUAUUUACCGAGUCACUGGUGCUUCCUGCUUUAGUUUUUGCUUAUAUGCAGGAAUCAGGAGGAUAGAGUUAUGGUCAGAUUUGCCAAAUGGAGGGCGAGGGAGAGCUUUGUACACGUCUCUGUGUGUGGAGUAACGGUGGUCUAGAGUUUAUUUCCCUCUGGUUGCACAUUUAACAUGCUGGUAGAAAUUUGGUAGAAGGGAUUUAAGUUUCUCUGCAUUAAAGUCCCCGGCCACUAGGAGCGCUUCAUCUGGAUGAGCGUUUUCCUGUUUGCUUAUGGCCUUAUACAGCUCACUGAGUGCAAUCUUAGUGCCAGCAUUGGUUUGUGGUGGUAAAUAGACAGCUACGAAAAAUAUAGUUGAAAACUCUCUUAGUAAAUAGUGUGGUCUACAGCUUAUCAUGAGAUCCUCUACCUCAGGCGAGCAAAACCUUGAGACUUCCUUAGUAUUAGAUUUUAUGCACCAGCUGUUGUUUACAAAUAUACACAGACCGCCACCCCUUGUCUUAAUGGAGUCAGCUGUUCUAUCCUGCCGAUGUAGCGUAUAUCCCGCCAGCUAUAUGUUAUCCAUGUCGUUGUUCAGCCACGACUCAGUGAAACAUAAGAUAUUACAGUUUUUAAUGUCCCGUUGGUAGGAUAACCUUGAUCUUAGAUCGUCCAAUUUAUUUUCAAAUGAAUUAACAUUGGCUAAUAGGAUUGAUGGAAGAGGCAGUUUACUCACUUGCCGUCGGAUCCUUACAAGGCACCCAGACCUACGUCCACGAUAUCUCUGUCUCUUUCUCAUGCGAAUGACGGGGAUUUGCUGUGACAAUAAACAGACAAAAUAUAUAGAUGCAAGUUUCCACCCUGCAUGCUUCCUUGUCCUGGAGUCGUGCAGGACCUUGAAGGGCAGGUGGUAGUCCCCUGUAGCUCAGUUGGUAGAGCAUGGCGCUUGCAACACCAGGGUUGUGGGUUCGUUUCCCACGUGGGGCCAGUUUAAAAAAUGUAUGCACUAACUGUAAGUCGCUCUGGAUAAGAGCGUCUGCUAAAUGACUAAAAUGUAAAUGUAGCCAAUGACCCUCUCAGCAGACCUUACAAUCCAUUGCAGACUCUGAUGGUCGUUUAGAACUGAAUCAGUACACACAGCAAUUCAGUUCUGCUCACUCAGUCACACUCGCAAGCGCUCAAGUUUAAUUUGCGUUCACCACGCUGGCCUGCGGGACCCAUCCUCUUCUCGCUCGACCACGUUUCUUCUUUCUCGACUCGUAUUUGCUUACGCAAUGUUGUUUCAUCUUGGUCGCACGCUCCAUCAUGCGCCCGUUCAACGUUUGAAUCAGCUUUGACUCUAUACAUCGCCACAUCUGAACUAGCACUGGCCAAAGCAAGUCUUAACUAGUGAGUGAUAACAGCUUCUCUCUUCUUUUCCAGGCCUUUACGAUGUGUGGUCCUUGUAGCGUUAAGAGACAUCUGUCCAGGAGAGGAACUAUUUUCUAACUACUUCACCAUCGUGCAUUAG